UUAGCGCUUUCGCAAUCAGCAGGAUACAGGUGAAGAAAAGCGUCACAGCUUUUCCGUACCUUUUUCUUGUGUAUGUCGACAGCAGCGGAACGCGUACAUACGGAGUACAAAUUGCUCAGGGCAAUCAAAGUGAGGGAAAAUGCCUAACAAACGGAAGAAAUUUAUCGACAAGAAAAAUGCUGUCACCUUUCAACUGGUGCACCGCAGCCAGAAGGAUCCCCUAAGGGCCGACGAAGCAGCACCGCAACACGUGCUGGUAGAGAAACACACGGGCAGGGUCAUACCCCUGAACACCGAAUCAAAUGUCCAGUCCUCGAUCGAGCGACGCAAAGAGGAGCAACACAAGUAUGGCAUCUAUUUCGAUGACGAUUACAACUAUCUCCAACACUUGAAAGGUGUCAACGUCGUGGGAGACUGGAAGGCUGUCGAGGAUAGUUUUAGAAUCCCCAACGAGCAGCAAGAUGGCGUAGAUCAAAAAAAACAGCAAGGGAUACACUUGCCUUCUUCAGUGUUUCCAUCUCUGGUUGAAGAAAAGGAGGGGCUAUUAAACAAGGCUGCUCCCCAGUCUGGUCCGCAUCCUGAGUGGGACCCCGAUAUUGUCGCUGCCCUAGAUGAUGACUUUGAUUAUGACAACAAGGACAAUGAGCUGGAGGAUGACUUUGUGACUUUAGCCAAGGGCUCAGAAGAUGAAGAAAGUUGCAGUGAAGAAGAUGAUGGGAGCAGUGACUACUCAGACGACCAGUUUUCUUUCACAGAAGAAGAAGUGCGGUCGAGGUUCACCAAUUAUAGUAUGUCUUCAUCGGUGAUCCCGCGAGCAGGGGGCCUCCAGGUUUUGGAUGAACGCUUUGAACAGAUGUUUGAGCAGUACGAUGAUACGGAGCUGGGUAGCCUAGACGGAGAGGAUAUUGAGGGCAACCUGGCCCCAGAAGUCCUUGGGCAACUGGCUGAUGAGUACAGUCAGAGAACAAUGCCUACACUGGCCCAAGUAUGUAGUGAACCAGUUGCAGUGCAUUUUAAUGAGGAAGAGGAGACAAUGGAGCUUGCUGAAGAGGCUGUACAGAAAGAACAGUGGGACUGCGAGUCCAUUCUCAGUACCUACUCCAACCUGUACAACCAUCCUAGGCUGAUAGCAGAGCCACGCAAGUCUUUGUGUCUGCAGGACAAAGUAUUGCUAUCUUCCAAGACUGGAAGGCCAGCAGCAAGGCUACGUCAGAUAGAUCACGAGUGCGGCUCCAGGGUGUCAACAGCAUCCAGUGUCCGGCCCAAAGGCGAAAGCACUGAGCAGAGGAGGGACCGCAAGACACAGGUCAAGGCGGAACGCAAGGAGAGGAGACUGGAAAAGAAAGCAAACACUAUGGCUUUCAAGUCUGAGAAGAAACGUCAGGAGCAGGUCCUGCUCAACCUUCGAAAUAAUCUCAAAUCCAUCAAGCUCAUGUGAACUCAGCAUGCAUGGAUGGCGUGCUUUGUGAGAAAAGUUUGCAAAAGGAAGCAAAUGCUUUACUGUAGAGCUGCAUAGAUAGCGUUUCUAGAGCUCACACUCCUUGUGGUUUACAAUUACAUUAUACAUUGUGACACCAUGGUGUUGCUGUAGCAGAAAGACUGUGUGAAUUCAAUUGAAGCAUGCGAUGUUGUACAGUGCAAUCUCACGAAUUCGAACUCAUUGGGGACUGAAUAUUUGUUAAGAAUUGGGGUGUGCGAAUCCCAAUAUUUGAAGUCGAAUCGAAUGUGGAAAAAAAAAAGUGCUGAAUACAGAACCAAAUAUAGAAUAUUUGUGCAAAUUUUACAAUAUAUAUAUUUUACAAUAUAUGCCUUUUGCACUAAAAGGAAAAGUUCACAAUUUGUAGCCCAUGGCUUUAGUGUAAUCUUUCUAGCAUUAACUGUCACAAGAGAGAGACACAAAAUUCUUCUGUUGGAAGCCCCCUACUCUUUAAUUUUAGAUGAUAGUGUUUCCUGCUUUUCAGGUGAGGCUACACUUACUGGAGUAACUAUCUUGAUUUCAAAAUUUGAUGUCAGGCAGCGGCAUGUUACACAGAUGAGGCUGUAAUUGUUUCUGGACAUCCACAAGUCACUCGUGAAACGAAUUAACUUUUUAAAAGCAACCUCACUGACAUCAAACAAAAAUACCCCACCGGCGCUGCUUAUGUGCACGUGGGAGGGAUGCCAUCCAUCCCUCAGGUGAAGUAUACACAAUUAACUUGGUCUAAUGUUGUCUUAAGCUACACAACAGUCCUCCUUUGUUGGUCCUGCAGUGCUGGCAGUUCCGAAAAGCAGGCUUCACCUCAUGCAGGGAAGCAUCAGGUGAAGCCCACUUUCAGGAGGACGUAGUUCAUAUUCAGGGAAUACUGUAAAAGUAGAAAUUUUUGCAAUGACUUAAUUUUCGCGAAUUUCGUGGUCGAAAUUUUUUUUGGGAAAUUAAGGUUCCGCGAAACACAGCAGGGAUGGAAAAUAUGGGCACUGGAAUUCGCAACGAUAUGAGCUCCACAAAGACAAAUAUACUUACUUGGCGACCUUUAUUCUCACAAAGUUGUUCUUGUCAAACAUUUCUAUAACUGAAAUGCCACUUCAACAUCAGUAGUUUUUUUGCAUAGUGUAUCACUUGGCAUUGCAGAUACCUGCUUUUGCAAAACCAUUGUUCAUUGUUACAGGAUUGGAGUUCACAGUAAACAUGUAGAGGCUGGCUAAUUCUCGUUUACUGUCGGCAAUGUCAUGAGCCCCGAACUCCCCGAUCCCGCGAUUUCCGCUCCUGUCCGCUUCCACACAAAUUCGUGAAUUAUUAAGGCCGCAAAAUUAACCACUUUUACAUUAGCUGAAUAUUCGAAAAACCAAAUGUUGGAUAUUCGAUUCACGGAUUGAAUACUUCGAGUGCUAUUCGAUUCGAAUUUGAAACUCGAAUAUUCACACACCCGUAGUUAAAAUAGAGACUGAAGAAAAAAAAAGAAAACACAUUAAGGAUUGCUAAGCCUUGUCACAUGUUUGUGGAAAUGUAAGCAGACCAUCCUUAUUGAAAAAUAUUUAUUUACAAGCAAGCACCAAAACAUCUCAUGGCAGAAAAUAAUCUGCUGUACGUGCUUGUAUUCGUUUCAAAUUCAAGGCUCAUUCAUAUUUUCGAAAUAUGUAUUUACAGGCAAGCAUCAAAACACCUCUGAGCUGAAAGUGUUCUGUUGCGAUAUUGAACCCAUCCCGUUUGCAAACACUGAAUGUGAAUCCCGCCAACCCAAUUCGAGAAAGUAUCUGCAGUUGUUUAUACCCUUUUGGUUUCUUGCUUUGCGAUCAUGAAUAAGCUGCAUCGUUCUGUGCCAGUUGCGUUUCCACACACCCAUUUCUGUGAUUCGUUCUUUGUUCCUCUUUUCUCUUGUUAUGCAUGCCUUUAUAAGUAAUAAGUGAAGUACACUUAAUAGAGAGUUUUAGUGCUGUGUACAUAAGGAAAUAGCGAGUGCACAGCCUGCAUGGCUAGAACGUGACCUUCCGUACAGCGUGUCAGUGUGAACACGCUACUUCCUUACAUACGUAAGACUAUUGUGUACGCUACAACUAAAACCAAGGUAACAUGUCUGUGGCACAAGAGCAGCGUGCUGGUCAUGCCGAAGGCUAACCCUGUCAUUGCAAUCUUAUUUGAAUAAACCAUUGCACAUGUUUGCAUGUUCAAAUUAUUAGGCAUUUCCCCAAUUCAAAUAUGCGUGACUGACGUGACAUAAACGUCAGUUGAAUUAUGCAGUAGUACAAUUGAAGAGAUAUGGAAUUAACGAGAUUGCGCUGUAUUGUUAAUGCUCAACCUUGUCAUUGAUGUAGUUUUUGGGCAUUGAAAAUGAACAGUUUUGGGCCAUUAAUUAUUUCUAAAUGCAGAGGUGGCAUAUUAAUGUGCCUACUAAUCUGGUUCCGAAUUACUCUUGUUACCCAUGUAAGCAGCAGGUAUGGUAAAUUGCAUACCAUGAUGUGCUCUAAAACUACAGAAAGCCACACUGUGUGCACCAGAGGCACCUUUCUGCCCUACCUACAGAUUUGAUAUUUUAGAGGGUUUGUAUAUUUUUAUCCGUGUAAUAAAUGCUGUCUUUGUCA